GCUUUCACAAAAAAUCGUGUCAUUCCCAAAUAUCCAUUCUGCGCCGUGUUGAGCCGAACAUUGCCAUCUCCUAGGACUGUGUCAACAGAAGAAUAAGUCAUUAAUUUCUGCCAUUCUCAGAUUUUCAAAGAAAUUCGCAAGGCGGAUUCCAGGAUUCCCUUUGGUUUCACUCACACUUAUGAGAGAAAUUUGCAAGACUUGAGGAAUCUGUCUUGUCUCAUUGGAGUGGUACCAAAGAAGUCAGGAUGUCGAUACAAAACCGGCUUGUUUUUGCAAUAGUUGAGUUCUUGGACCAGCAAGUCCGAUCUAGUGCAGUGACAGGAGAGGCCCUCGAAAGCCUUGAAGUCGGCCUGCAGUGCCUUCAGACUGCGUAUGGAAUUAACUUAGAUGAUCCAACGCUUGUUUCACAACUAAAGACAGACAGAUCAUUACUAGAGAUGUUCACAUCGGCCGUAGGAGGCCAACAGCCUGAUGUAACACAAGGAGCACCAUCAAAUGCAGGGGCAUGUUCAGCUGCAUCAGGUCCAGAGAUAUCAGAAGCAGACAAGGCGCUAGCAGAAAAACUGAAAAAUGAAGGCAAUGAGCUGAUGAAAAAAGAACAAUUCCAUGAAGCAAUAGAGUUGUAUACGAAAGCCAUCAAUCUCAACUCACAGAAGUCAGUGUAUUACAGUAAUCGUGCAGCAGCAUACAGCAAGAUAGAGAAUCACGAAAAGGCCCUCGAGGAUUGCCAGAGAGCCGUUACUAUAGACCCCACGUACAGCAAAGCCUAUGGAAGGAUGGGUCUAGCGUAUUCAAGCAUGAAUGAUUACCAGAAGGCCCGUGAUGCGUACACAAGAGCAGUGGACUUGGAGCCAGGGAACAGUUCUUACCAAGCCAACCUAGAGAUUGCUGAACAGAAACUCAGAGGGGCAAGUUUAGGGGGUGGUGGAAUGCCAAAUGUAGGAGGUAUCAACCCGACGUUAGGAGGCAUGGAUAUGUCACAGCUUCUCAACAAUCCAGCUAUUAUGAAUGCCGCAACCUCAUUUCUGCAGAACCCACAAAUGCAACAGAUGAUGCAGUCUUUCAUGGGUCAAGCAAUGCAACCCAGUGGACAGACUGACCAAGAUGGCAGUGGCAGUGGGAGUGGUGGUGGUGGUGGUGGUGGUGGGAUGGCCAACCUUUUAUCUGUAGGGCAGCAGUUGGCAUCUCAACUCCAGCAGUCCAACCCCGAGCUGGUAGAACAGGUGCGACAGAUGAGGAACAGAGGGGCGGAUCCGAACAGUACGAAUAAUAAUCAAGAAGGAACAGAUAGUAACAACCCAAACCAACCUCCUCCACCACCGUCGUCAUCAUAGUGGGACUCGGUUGUAGAUCAGAAGUAUUGUUAUGAAGAAUUCCACCUGUAAUAAUGGCUGCCAAAACCCUAAGUGACCAAGGAAUACUCCUCCAUUCUUGAUUACUGUUGCCUGACAUUUCACCAAAUCAUACAGCUCAUCUUGUAGUACAGUUCAGAUGGCUUAUAAUCUCUUGGUCUCCAAGCAGUUGGUCUACUUCACAGAUAGUCUGAUACCACGUGGGCUAAACCCAUUUGGUCUACUCUCAAUAUGGUCUAAUUGCUAUUUGGUCUAACUGCUAUUUGGUCUAAACUGCCAUUGGUCUUAUACUGACUUAGUCUAAUUAUCAUUUAGUCUAAUGCCCAGGUGGUCUAAUCUCCACUCCGUCAACUUAUUUUUUACUCUGUCAGAUGAAAUAUUGGUUCAUAUACCGUUCAGGGGCCGUCUUACAAAGAGUUGCGAUUGAUCCGAUCAACCACAACUAUGGACGGCCAGCAACGUCAACAUCUGAAAUGCAUAUUUGUUCAAAAUAUUUUCUAGAUAUGAUGUCCAUUCAUAAAUCCAUCGUUCUCUUGAAGAUUCAGUGUGAUUCCCUUUGUUUACUAAGGAGAUUGAGCAAAUUUCCUGGAGAAAACAUUAUGGUAUGGAUGGACUUUCAUACAGUUGAGAUUGAUUGGAUCAAUUAGACCAAGUGGAUGCCAGCUUUGAUGGGUUUAGCUUAACUAGAAAUGAGACAUAAUGAUGAAUGGGCUAAAUGGCAAUGAGACCAAAUGGUUAGUAGAUGAACUUGUUAUAGACAAAGUAGGAAUAGCCUAAGUGGGAUGAGACCAAAUAGAAAAUACACAAAACGGGUGUACACCAGUUUGCAAUUAACCAUCCGUACAGCUCAUCGAUUAGUCCUCUGAAUGUUUCUGUUUGCCUUUUCACUUCUCUUGUUGAGCUGAUCGAAUCAUGAAAUAUUAUCGAAACACAGGGAACGGUGGAAGAUUAUUGCCAUUGACAGUCAUGAUAUUGAACAUUUUUAUGUACAGAUUGCUUAUUUAAUUCUUUUUAUACAUGUUUGACUUGGGGCCCCAUAACACGGAAGGUUAGCGGAAUGGCCUAUCAAGUUUAUCGUUACAUGCGCGUUUUACUCAGAAGACUGACUGGGAACCAAUUAGAAUGGUUCUUUCAAGUUAGCGAUUAAGCACUAAUCUUUGUAUCAUGGGGUCCUAGGGCCCGUCUUACAAAGAGUUGCGAUUGAUCCGAUCGACCACAACUAUGGAUGGCCAGCAGCGUCAACAUCUAAAAUGCACAUUUGUUCAAAAUAUUUUCUAGAUAUGGUGUCUAUUCAUACAUUCAUCAUUCUCUUGAAGACUCGGAAUGGUUCUCUUCGUUUUCAAAGGACAUUGUGCAAAUUUUCUAAAGAAAAAACUAUGACAUUGAUGGAUUUCAAUAUACUUGAGAUUGAUCGUAUCAAUUGCAACUCUUUGUUAGACAGCGACCUAGUCUCAAUAUGUGAGUCAGUCUCUGUUUGUCAGUUGGUUUCCAGCAUAUUUAUGUAUAUUUUACCGAAUUGUAUUGUUAUUGCACAAUGUGGCCCUAUUACAGCAUAUGGCUAAUUCAAAUUAGUGUUAUUAGCAUUUUCAUUUGUAACCAGUGGUGGUUUCACAAUGAGUUGAGUGUAACUUUAAGUCAUGCACAAGUGCUAAUGUGUGCACACUGUAAAUUAUCACACUUAACCCUAUCCAGGCCGAGGCCUCAACGAUUCGCGCAAUAUUUUUGCCGCGCGAAUUUUUUGACCGCGCUGCUCGCUGACUUUUUACUUUCAAGUCUUGCGCAACUUUUGAGACCAGUUUUGCGUCACCCGGGUACGCGGUUCCAAAAUUACGCAACAUUAUGUAAGUGCAUGUCAGACCAAAAAAUUGCUCAAAAACGUGAUUUCGUGUACAAAGUCAAUGCAAAUUGUGUUUUCAACCAAAAAUCAUAAAUGUAUGAUUAUUUUUAGUUUUGCUGGUCCAAAUGUAUUUAUUUUAUGCAGUUUAUGAUCUCAGAAGAGUCCCCAACAAAUUUCAUUGGAAAAACAAAAGGUCAAAAAAACAAAGAAAUACAUAAGAAAUUGCAAAAAACGAUAUAAUACAAUUGAUCUGAUAUUGCAAUUUUUUCAUUUACACUUGCUAAGAACACCACAAAGAGUUUCCAAAGCAAACAUUAGAACAUUUGGAGCUUUAUUAAGGGAGUUAGAGGGAAAAGUAUGAUUUCGCAUACUAAUUACGCAUAAUCACUUAGUAGCAAUUUGCAUGAAAUAAAUUACUAUACAAUUUUGUAGAUUAUGUCCCAGACAACCUGCGUGCCAAUCUUUGGCGCGAUCGCGUGGCCAACGGCCGAGAUCUCAAUUUAUAUGAACAUAUGAACUCCCAAAAGACCCCGGCCUAGAUAGGGUUAAAGGGGAAGUUCACCCUGAAGAAAUUUUUGUGGUAAAAAUUGCAGAAAAAAUUAUUUUAAAUAUUGGUGACGGUUUGAGGAAAAUCUGUUUAAGAUCAAGAAAGUUAUUAGAAUUUCAAGUUUUGGAUUUGUGACCUUUAAUGAGCAGGUGCCCAUAUGUUAUAUAAUAUAAAAUGCAUGAAUUUCAUUUUUGUAAUGGUUCCUGAUUACUUAUUUAUGUUUUCUAUUCAUGAUCGGGUGUGAAAUGAUUUGUCUAUUGAUUUACAAAAGGUACAGUAAAAACCAUUCUCAAUUUUCUGAGAAAAUGACAUUUCAUUGAUUUUUUACCAUUCGCUAUGUAGGAAUGCUGCUCGCAUAUGACAUCACAAAUCAAAUAAUUAGAAUUCUAAUAACUUUUAACUCGGAUGGAUUCUUUUCAAACCUUCGGCAACAUUUUUUAUUAUUUUUUCUGCUAUUUCUUACAAUAAACUUUUUGUCAGGGUGAACUUCCCCUUUAAGUUUAUACUACGUACAACAAAGGCCAGAUAAGUUUUUUUUCUUUUUUGCAUAUUAAUAUCAAAUACUUGUGAAACACCCCCCUCGUAUGCUCUUCUCAAAACCAAUUAUAAUUUGUGCAAUCACUUAUUUAUCUCAAUUCUCUGAAUCUCCCAAUUAUAAGUGUUGCAAUUGAUUGCAACUUAUUAUCUCAAGUCUCUGAAUCCCCCAAUUAUAAGUGUUGCAAUCGAUUGCUACUUAUUAUCUCAAUUCUCUGAAUCCCCCAAUUAUAAGUGUUGCAAUCGAUUGCAACUUAUUAUCUCAAUUCUCUGAAUCCCCCAAUUAUAAGUGUUGCAAUCGAUUGCAACUUAUUAUCUCAAUUCUCUGAAUCCCCCAAUUAUAAGUGUUGCAAUCGAUUACAACUUAUUAUCUCAAUUCUCUGCAUCCCCCAAUUAUAAGUGUUGCAAUCGAUUGCAACUUAUUAUCUCAAUUCUCUGAAUCCCCCAGUUAUAAGUGUUGCAAUCGAUUGCAACUUAUUAUCUCAAUUCUCUGAAUCCCCCAAUUAUAAGUGUUGCAAUCGAUUGCAACUUAUUAUCUCAAUUCUCUGAAUCCCCCAAUUAUAAGUGUUGCAAUCGAUUGCAACUUAUUAUCUCAAUUCUCUGAAUCCCCCAAUUAUAAGUAUUGAAAUCGAUUGCAACUUAUCUCAAUUCUCUGUAUCUCCCAAUUAUAAGUGUUGUAAUCGAUUGUAACUUAUCUCAAUUCUCCGAAUCCCCCAAUUAUAAAUGUUGCAAUCGAUUGCAACUUAUUAUCUCAAUUCUCUGAUUCCCCCAAUUAUAAGUGUUGCAAUCGAUUGCAACUUAUUAUCUCAAUUCUCUGAAUCCCCCAGUUAUAAAUGUUGCAAUCGAUCGCAACUUAUUAUCUCAAUUCUCUGAAUCCCCCAAUUAUAAGUGUUGUAAUCGAUUGUAACUUAUCUCAAUUCUCCGAAUCCCCCAAUUAUAAAUGUUGCAAUCGAUUGCAACUUAUUAUCUCAAUUCUCUGAUUCCCCCAAUUAUAAGUGUUGCAAUCGAUUGCAACUUAUUAUCUCAAUUCUCUGAAUCCCCCAAUUAUAAGUGUUGCAAUCGAUUGCAACUUAUUAUCUCAAUUCUCUGAUUCCCCCAAUUAUAAAUGUUGCAAUCGAUUGCAACUUAUUAUCUCAAUUCUCUGAUUCCCCCAAUUAUAAGUGUUGCAAUCGAUUGCAACUUAUUAUCUCAAUUCUCUGAAUCCCCCAAUUAUAAGUAUUGAAAUCGAUUGCAACUUAUCUCAAUUCUCUGUAUCUCCCAAUUAUAAGUGUUGUAAUCGAUUGUAACUUAUCUCAAUUCUCUGUAUCUCCCAAUUAUAAAUGUUGCAAUCGAUUGCAACUUAUUAUCUCAAUUCUCUGAUUCCCCCAAUUAUAAGUGUUGCAAUCGAUUGCAACUUAUUAUCUCAAUUCUCUGAAUCCCCCAAUUAUAAGUAUUGAAAUCGAUUGCAACUUAUCUCAAUUCUCUGUAUCUCCCAAUUAUAAGUGUUGCAAUCGAUUGCAACUUAUUAUCUCAAUUCUCUGAUUCCCCCAAUUAUAAGUGUUGCAAUCGAUUGCAAAUUUAUAAUAGAUUUUGGUCCAUUGCUAGCAAUAAAAGUUUGAAGUGUUGCAAGAAACCUCCAAUUGAUCGCAAGACAACUUUAGGACCCUAAAUAAAUUGAAUGUCACGCAUAUUUCAUUGCAAUAUCGCAUAUGAAUUGAUUUGCUUUAGUUUAAAUUGAUCUAUCACUUGUAAAUUUGCAUCUGAAAUUUGAAAUUAAUUGCAAAUAUUUUCUUGGAACACCCCCUUAUAGAAAAAAUCCUUCUUUUAAUCAAGCAUAUUUGUAAGUCUAUGACAGACCAUGUACAAAAAUUACAAUUAAAUGUACAUUUAAACGUUGUUCUCUAUGUUAAACCACUGAAGUUUAAUUUGAUUUUAAUUCUUGACUAGCCAGCAUGUAGCUCGGUAGUUCUCAAUAAGUUUUUUCUUGGAGUCCCACAUUUGUUAUGGGACGCUUGUACUGUGGUACUCCCCAAAACACAUAGCGAGUAAAGCGUCACGAUGUGGGGUACCAAUGGGCAGGCUUAAGGAUCUCCGGCGGGUCUCUGCCCCCCCCCCCCCCCCCCACCGCGCCUAAUAUGAGGCCUUUCAAUUGUAUACAACAUAAAUACAAAUUCACCACAUAGAUUAUGAAAAAAAUUAUUUUCAUCACAGCUUGCAUGCGCCACUGUGUGGCGUCUGAUGCGCCACAAGUGGUGCAUGCACCGACAAUGAAGAACCCCUGGUGGUAGACUUAUAAAUUGAAAAUAUGUCAUACCUUGUAUAUAUAGUCAUGGUUGCCACUUCAAGGAAUAUGCGACUGCUUUAAUGUUGCAGUUCUCUCUCAUAAAAAAGUAGUUUAUGGAGGGGAAGGGGCACCUGAAAGCUCCUAAACAGUCUGCUAUGAAAUAAAGUAUGUAUUUCCUCAAG